AUGAAGUUCAUAUCCCUUACCACCGUUGCGUGGGCUUUCAUGUCCCUAAACGCUGGGCUUACGCUUGCUGGAGACGUGCUCAAGAACAAUGGGUUUAAUUCUUGCCUUCAGAACAGUGAUAUCGAGAUUAAGGAGCUGGAUUUCAUCCUUAACCGCGCAAGCAAGACAGUCACCUACAAUUUCGUUGGGAUGAACAUCAAAACACAAAAUGUCACUGCCACCAUUACCAUCCUUGCAUACGGACAGACGUUCACACAGAAUCUUGAUCCAUGUUCGUCAGACACGUUUAUAGACCAACUUUGCCCUGGUAUGUAUAUAUUGCUUUCAACUCAAUACGGGAGACACCAGCCAGGAGUACUGACGGUUACUUUAGUGCCUGCCGGCCGUUUCACUGCCAAAGGUCAGCAACCGAUCUCGGAAGAGUUUGGAUCCAGAAUACCGAGUAUUGCCUUCAUGGUGCCAGAUUUAGACGCCGAAGCUACACUGAAGCUGAAUCAAAAAGACGACAAAAAUGAACUCUCCUGCAUCAAGUCAACUGUUGGCAAUGGACACUCCCUAAACACCCCGAUGGUAUCGUACGCUGCCGCUGGGAUCUCUGGUGCUGCCCUGGUCUUCUCUGGCGCUGGUGCUGUAGGCGGUACCGCUCACCCUGGAGCACCUGGCGCAAGUCCAUCUUUCAUUCAAGUUAUGGGUGUUUUUCAGGCCAUUGCAUUGAACGGAUUGUGUAGUGUGGAUUAUCCUCCCGUCUAUAGGAGCUUUACCAAAAACUUUAGCUUCAGCCUGGGCCUUUUCCCCUGGACAAACCUACAGCAAUCCAUCGAUAACUUUCGGAAUGCGACUGGCGGAAACCUCACGGAAAACAGCGUCAACUAUCUUCGGAGUCUGCAAGUACAAAAAAAUGGCACAAAUGGCACUGCUGAGAAGCGCUCGCUUGACCUCACAUCCCGCCAUGUCCAGCUCCUGGCCCGUGAUAUACAGGAGGAAGUCAACAACCGACUUAGCGGCAUCAAAAAGGGCGUUGAAGAACUCUCUAUUCCAGCGGCCAAUACUUUCAUGACUGUUUUACUUAUCUUUGCCAUUGUCAUCGCUGUCAUUGCCGCAGGCAUAUUACUAGGGAAGGUCGUGUUGGAAGUCUGGGCUCUGUACUCCACGUUCCCAGAGCGUUUGUCAAACUUCCGACAACAUUACUGGGGUUUCCUUGCUAGGACCAUCACCAACUUGAUUCUUCUGCUUUACGGAAUUUGGACUCUCUACUGCAUUUUCCAGUUCACUCGUGGUGACUCGUGGGCCGCUAAAACUCUUGCUGCAGUCACCCUGGCGCUGUUCACAGGUGUUCUUGGAUACUUCACUUUCCGCAUCUGGUCCCUUGCCCAACGCCUCAAGAAGACGGAGGGAACUGCUUCAGCUCUGUUUGAGGACAAGGAAGCUUGGCGCAAGUACAGUCUCUUUUACGACCACUAUAAGAAGGAUUACUGGUGGAUUUUUGUGCCUGUUAUCGUGUACCUUUUUGCCCGUGGCUGCGUGAUUGCUGGCGCAGAUGGGCAUGGCCUCGCUCAAUCUGCUGGUCAGUUUGUUGUUGAAGGCCUCAUGCUCAUUCUUCUAUUAUGGACUCGUCCUUUCGAAACCAAAUCUGGUCGAUGGAUUAAUAUCUCCAUCCAGGUUGUCCGAGUACUUUCUGUUGCAUGCAUUAUCGUCUUUGUUGACGAGUUUGGUAUCUCGAAGACAACAAAGACUGUGACUGGUGUUGCUCUCCUUGCCGUCCAGACUAGUCUUGCGGCCAUUUUGGGCAUACUCAUCUUGAUCAACGGUAUAAUGACACUGUUUGGCAAAAAUCCGCACGAGGAGCGUCACAAGGAGAAACGUAAGCAUGCUCUCGUACUUCACUCUUACCAUUCCCGUUCCCCACGGCUAACUUGUAUUUUCACAGAAAAUUUCGACAGAGAUCUAGACAACCUAACUCCACUCGAUCCUCGGGGUUCAAUUCUGCUCAGGCCCAAAUCCCACGGGUACAUGCACGACGAAGAAGUUGGCAAGCUGAACCAUAUCUCCCGCUACGAGCCGUACCACGACUCACCGCCAUCCAAGCCAAGGCAUGGCUACAGCGAGAGCACAGACCGACUAGUCCAGCAUCGAGGCGGAAGCCCCGAGAGGCCAAGGAGUGCCGGCAGCGACAUAUCCUUUACGAACAAUACUCAUCAACAGAAUCGGUCUUUGCUGCAUUAA